AUGACCAUUAAAGGGAGCCCAGCUGACAUGAAAAUCACCAGUUCGCACAUCUAUAUCAAUAUUAUCAAGGAGACCCAGAAGGCCAAGCGCUUCUGGCAAACCGUCAGGGGACGUAUCUCUUCGGCCGACCUCGCACCCGUCCUAGCCACUCUAACACCAAUCAAAAAAUCAGCGAAAAAGAGAAAGCAGAAACCGAAGUCCAUACUCAACCCGUCGUCUAGACGUGCUAGGGCCAUUCCAUCAGAGACCGCUGGCACGGGUGCAUCCAAGUCCAGAAAUCAGGCAGUUCUCAUGGACACGGUCCUCAGUGCCAAUUUCGAGACAGUUGUGUUGAACUACGACACUCUUUCGACGCAGCUAAGGACCGAUUUGUCCGAGGUCAUGGGUGCCGACGGGGCUGAACGGGACCAGUUCCACAAGCAUGUCAUUCACGCAGUUCAAGAGAUAGUACGUGCAGCGACAGACACGGUCGGAUGCACUCAGCAGGCGAUUGUGGCGUACAUCGACGCUGUCACGGCGGAGGAGCAGCUAGGCAACUUGGGAACAUACACGGUUGUCGGGGUUGAUCCAGGGGUCAGGAAGAUUGCCACAGCGAUCGUUAUUAGCACGGCGGAUCGGUCGUUGGCGAAAAAAGUCUUGGCUUCGCAAGGAUUGCACACCUACGCCAAAAUUCCACAGGGCGAAGAGAAGGGCUAA